CGCGCUCCACUAAACACACUCCUCCUCAAUCCCUCGCUAAUGGCGUGCUAAAUCCACCACCACCACCAUUAUUUACACGCGUCGUCCCUAUCGCGUCGGAUCGCCACCCACUCGCUCGCUCGCCGUCGCCGCUGCUGCUUCACUCCGCCUCGCCUCAGAUCCGCCCCCUCCUCCGCGAACCCUAGGCGCCGGGCUCCCGCCUCCCGCCGGCCGCGUCGCCCCCCCACCCAUCAUCGGAGAGGUGAUCGAUCGAGCGGGGGGAGGAGGUGGGCUGGAGAGGGGUCGGCGGAGGGAGGGGUGGGUGUGAGGAGGAGAGGAUGUCGAGGAGGUCGGUGAAUCCGAGCCGGCGGGUGGCGGAUGGGGGCUUGCCGUCCGUCGGUGGGCUGCUCCACCCCAAGUCACGCUCGCCGCCCGUGCUCACCAUCGCCCUCGUGGUCCUGGGUGUCAUUAUUCUGAUCGCCUACUUCAACAGCGGCUCAGGUGUAACAGUUACAAGCAGAGAAGCUGUAAGCAGAUCUGAAGGUUCUUGUACCCCAGAAGUCAUGCAAGCACUUCCUUAUCUUAAAAAGGCCUAUGGCAAUGAGUUGCAUAAGGUUCUCCAUGUUGGCCCUGAUAGCUGUACAGUAGUUUCUAACUUGUUGAAGGAAGGGAAGGUUGAAGCAUGGGGAGUGGAGCCUUAUGAUUUGGAGGAUACUGAUAGUAGCUGCAAAAGCCUUGUGCGCAAGGGCUUUGUUCGUAUGGCUGAUAUCAAGUUCCCCCUUCCAUACCGCCAAGAUUCUUUUAACCUUGUUAUCGUAUCAGAUGCAUUGGAUUAUUUGACCCCAAGAUAUCUGAACAGAACACUUCCAGAUUUAGCAAGGAUUUCUACAGAUGGUCUUGUUAUCUUUGCUGGCAAUCCAGGUCAACAGAAGGCUAAGGUUUCUGAGCUACCAAAAUUUGGAAGACCAGCAAAGCUGCGGAGUUCUUCAUGGUGGUCGCGAUACUUUAUCCAAACAGGCUUGAGAGAGAAUGAAGGGCCAUUGAAGAAGUUUGAGCAGGCUGCUUCCAAGAACAAAUACAAACCAGAUUGUCAAAUCUUCCAUCUUAGUUCGUAGGCUUGUUCUGAUCAAGGUGAUUUGUAUCCAUGACACUUGAUCGUUACCUCGCCGGUUUUGUAAGCAAUAUCCUGUUUAUCCUCGUUGACUCGCUCAUCUUUUACACGGAGGAAUUGUCACAGUAAGAGCUAGCCAGCCGUCUGCCAUAGGUAGCUUGUGUAGAGGUGCUUUGCCACAGGUUGCUAGAAAUUCUUCCUUCCUGGAAAGUUAAAUUAUGUGUUACGAAGAGCUGCAAAUUGGGGCCCUGACGAUAUAUAUGUAAGAACCCUUACACUGUUGUACCCUGUUUAUUCUUGGUGUUACAGUUAUUCCUGAUGAAUCAGCUGCAGUUCCGUGUGCAGUUUGUAAUGUACUCGGUUCAAGAGAAAGAAAAAAAGAUAUAUAUGUAAGACCAAGUAGGGUGUCGUUUUCACGA